CGCCUCCCCGGGCGAGGACGAGGGCGUCGGCGCGCCGCGCGGGGGGCUCCUCGCCCUGCCGCCGCCCUCGCCGCGAGGACGGGGGCGCACCGCCGGCGCGCCCGGGGGCGGCCGAGGGGACCUGGCGGGCUCCUUUGCCACCCGCGGGGGCGCUUUUUUGAUGUCCUGAGCACCAGAGCAAGACCCUGUAGAGACCGUCUUAAGCUAAGUGCUGUCCCGCGCGUUGGGAAAAGUUGCUUUAGUUUGAAGCCACGGCUUCUGUUUGAUCCUGACUUGCCGCCAUGCCGUGCAGGUGGCUUCGUGCAAAGGCAUUUCUGUAGGGAGACUUCUGGGUGACACAAAUGCCCAAACAUCUAGAGAAAUCUCUGAAUGACUCAGCUCUCAAUCCCAUUGGUUUGAAGCUCUGAGGAGACCCGCAGAUCUGAGCACUGAGGAUUCGGUGCGGGUCCUCGGCAGAUGGGUGUCGGCCUCAUCUCCUGGCCAGCAGGAUGGAUACCACGCCCUUAAAUUCCCAGAAGGAGCUGUCAUCCUGUAAGGAUAAAGAAGACUGUCAGGAAAAUGGAGUUCUGCAGAAAGGUGUCCCUGUCCCCGAGGAUAAGGUGGAGUCUGGCCAAAUCUCCAAUGGGUACUCAGCGGUUCCGAGCCCCGGUGGAGGAGAUGACACUCAGCACUCCAUUCCGGCUGCCACCACCGCCCUAGUGGCUGAGGCUCAUCAAGGGGAACGGGAGACCUGGGGCAAGAAGGUGGAUUUCCUCCUCUCGGUCAUUGGCUACGCUGUGGACCUGGGCAACGUCUGGCGCUUUCCCUACAUAUGUUACCAGAAUGGAGGGGGGGCAUUCCUCCUACCCUACACCAUCAUGGCCGUUUUUGGAGGGAUCCCGCUCUUCUACAUGGAGCUCGCGCUGGGCCAGUACCACCGAAACGGAUGCAUUUCGAUAUGGAGGAAAAUCUGCCCACUUUUCAAAGGGAUCGGGUAUGCCAUCUGCGUCAUUGCCUUUUACAUCGCCUCCUACUACAACACCAUCAUGGCCUGGGCGCUCUACUACCUCAUCUCUUCCUUCACGGACCGGCUGCCCUGGACCAGCUGCAAGAACCCGUGGAACACGGGCAACUGCACCAACUACUUCUCCGAGGGCAACAUCACCUGGACGCUCCACUCCACGUCCCCUGCGGAAGAAUUUUACACGCGCCACAUCCUGCAGAUCCAUCGGUCCAAGGGGCUUCAGGACCUGGGGGGCAUCAGCUGGCAGCUCACCCUCUGCAUCAUGCUCAUCUUCACCGUGAUCUACUUCAGCAUCUGGAAAGGCGUCAAAACAUCUGGCAAGGUGGUGUGGGUGACAGCCACCUUCCCUUACAUCAUCCUUUUCAUCCUGCUGGUUAGGGGGGCCACCCUCCCCGGAGCCUGGAGGGGUAUCCUCUUCUACUUGAAACCCAACUGGCAGAAACUCCUGGAGACAGGGGUAUGGGUGGAUGCUGCCGCACAGAUCUUCUUCUCCCUUGGUCCUGGCUUUGGGGUCUUACUGGCUUUCGCUAGCUACAACAAAUUCCACAACAACUGUUACCAAGACGCCCUGGUGACCAGUGUGGUGAAUUGCAUGACGAGCUUCGUUUCCGGAUUUGUCAUCUUCACGGUGCUCGGGUAUAUGGCAGAGAUGAGGAACGAAGAGGUGUCUGAGGUGGCUAAAGAUGCAGGCCCCAGCCUCCUCUUCAUCACAUAUGCAGAAGCCAUAGCCAACAUGCCCGCGUCCACAUUCUUUGCCAUCAUCUUCUUCCUGAUGCUAAUCACUCUGGGCCUGGACAGCACUUUUGCAGGCUUGGAGGGGGUGAUCACAGCUGUCAUAGACGAGUUUCCGCACAUCUGGUCCGAGCGCCGGGAGUGGUUUGUGCUUGGCGUGGUCAUUACCUGCUUCUUGGGAUCCCUGGUCACCCUGACUUUUGGAGGGGCGUACGUGGUGAAGCUGCUGGAGGAAUAUGCCACAGGCCCAGCCGUGCUCACUGUUGUACUGAUAGAAGCAGUUGCCGUGUACUGGUUUUACGGCAUCACUCAGUUCUGCAGUGAUGUGAAGGAGAUGCUUGGCUUCAGCCCCGGAUGGUUUUGGAAGAUCUGCUGGGUGGCCAUCAGCCCUCUCUUUCUCCUGUUCAUCAUUUGCAGUUUUUUGAUGAGCCCACCAGAGCUACGACUUUUCCAAUAUAACUAUCCUCAGUGGAGUAUCAUCCUGGGUUACUGCAUAGGAACCUCAUCUUUCAUCUGCAUCCCCACAUAUAUAACGUAUCGGCUGAUCAUCACUCCAGGGACGUUUAAAGAGCGUAUUAUUAAAGGUAUCACUCCCGAAACACCAACAGAAAUUCCCUAUGGGGACAUCCACUUGAAUGCCAUAUAAAAUACUUCAAUGAGAGGAAAAUGGCUUCCCAACAACCUCUCCUCUGGUUCUGACAAGUCCUGCCUCGCCUUCUCCCCUCUGAGUGAAUGAGUUUCCAGCUAAGCCUGACAAUGGAAGGGCCUUCUUCACGGAGGACAGUCCCAAAGACUAUGGUGCCCAGACUCUUAUGGCCUCCAACUACUUCUUUCUGUGAAAUCUCCUGGACAUAUUAUCUUGUUAGCUCUGUGACGCAGCUGACCUGGACAAUUUUGGAUGUGCGAGGGUGUGUAUGGAGGUGAUGAAAACCACCAUCUAAUCAGUUAGGAUUAGGUUUAGAAUUAAGUUUGUAAAAGUCUCAUGUAUCAUUUCUUGUUAUCAUUGGUAUCUGCCAUGCAUUUGCUUCUCAAGGUUUCACUGUUCAUGAAUACCUAAACCACGUAGGAGAAAACAGGGAUGCUGUUUUGCUAGCCAUAUAUUUUCUGAGUAGCAUAGAAUUCCAUAACUGGAAUCUACUAGAACCCUUCAACCUGUGUGCUGCUGUGGAGUCAGAGGAGGAGAGAAAGAUGUAGAAACUAAACUGAAAAAUAAUGUAUACAUGUGAGCAUGUGUGUCUGUGUAUACUGUUGUUUCAGUGUAUCCUUAUCUCUAUUCCAAUCCUUUGGGCCCAUUACAAGCUAUAUGAAUUUCCUCUAAAUUUUCUUACAUUAACAAAUUCCACCUACUCAAAUGUGUAUGUAUGUUAUUAUAAGGGUAUAACUGCUGCAACAUGUUAUGUCACCUUUUCCAACGACACUACUUUAGCCCACACACCUUCCUUUAUGGGUCAGCGUUCAGCGUUUGCUCUACUUCAUUGCCAUCUUCCUGUCUCUGCCAGCUAAACAAUCAGGAUAAUGUUCCACAGGCAAAUCUGGCCUAUUUCAUCAGUGACUGUGGCUUGGCCGUGAACUACUUUGAAGUUGGAUACCGACAAAUGCAUCUUCAGUGCUCAGUUAACUAUCUGGUUUAAGCUCUGUUUCAGAUGACUGUGUUACUUUGCUCUGUGAAGAGGAUAAAUCCAGUUCUUGCUUAUAGGAUAUAUAGGUCUGGCAUCCUGACUGUAACCAAGGUCAUCCUCAGUCCAGACGUAAUUGGAGACUUUGGGUUAGCCUUAAAUGGAACUCCCCAGACCUACCUGGUUGACAAUCAGGACUGUGAGCCCUCCGGAUAAUUUCCAAGACUGAGCCUAAACUAAGUAAGGCUAAUUGAAAAAGGGUCAGUUAAAUGAAUAACUUUUCAUUUCACAUAAAGCCUUUAAACAGAUCAAGUAAAUCUGACCUUCAUUGGCAUUAUGCCUCUCAGAUGCGCAAGUAAAGAAGCAAAUUCACCUUGUUGUGUAAGACUUCCUCAUCAAAGUCUUCAAGGGACUAAAGCCGAGUCAAUGAUAAAAGGACUCACUCAUCUAGCCCCAUAUCACUUCAGUCCUCUGUAUACAUCUAAUUUAAUUCUAACCUUAUAGAAAGAAGACCCAUAUAGCAGAGGCCUGGUUUUAUCCAAUUAUAGAUCGUCCUCUCUUGGCUUCCUUUCCCCAACAAUCUCUGCCCCAGCCAUUUCCCUGUGUCCCCACUACUUCUUCUAUUUCUGAUUCUUUGCUUCUCUCAGCAGGAUAUUUUCCUUAGAGAUGUGAGCUGCUGAGAAGUUUCCCGAGAUGUUAGAGGAAAAGAGAAGAGGAAUUAAAAGAUGCCCCUCACUGACCUGCCUUCAUUAUCUUCACUCUUUCCUUCCUUCAUGCUACCUUAUUUCUCUUUGCUUUCUAGCAAGCUGAAAGGAGACGGAUUGUAUAAGUGGCACCGUAUUCAGUGGUAAAUAGCUUUGCAAAUUCUAGGAACUACUUUAUGAAGAUAUUUGGAUAUGGAUUCUUUCCUUCCCCCACACACUUAUGCAUGCUCCAAAGAUAUUAUUUUUUAAAAAGCACUUUUUUAAACAGAAUUAGAGUUUGGCCAAGCCAGGUAUCGAGGGAAUUAUAUAGGUGUUUUGAAAUGUUGUCAGACUUCACUGGACUUAACAAAA